AUGGGUCACUCAUUCACCGACCUAUCUCCAGAGCUAUUUCGUCAGAUAUUCGGCUACUUUUGUCUGCACUGCUGCGGCAAAAGAAGAGACUAUCUCAUCGAAGACCCCGUAGACUUGGCGGAGAAUUACUGUAAGGACCGCAAGGUGCUUGUGGCGCUAUGUCUUGUCAACAGACGCUUUCGCGAUUUUAGCCAGCACAUACUCCAUCAUGUGUUCCUCAUUGCGCCUUCAAAACCUGGCCUUGUGCGACAGCCUUCGGUAGAGACAUCAUUGGCUUCUUUUAUAAGGACCAUCGCUUCAAAGCCUCAUCUUGUCACGGCGACCAAGGCGGUAAUCUUCUUCCACACACUGGAGGCGCCAAACGCUCGAUUGGACGACGCGCAAAAGGCAUUUAAACAUGUUGCUGAAGCCACAGGAGUGCAACCAUCAGAUAUUUGGGACCGAAGAAAGAACCUGGCGCCUUACCGCGAUGACUUCCUUCGGGAACUGAUACUUGGCAAAGCCCACUCUCGAUGCACUUCAGAGGUAAUAGAGUGGCAUGUGAAUACUCUGGCGACUGAGUUGUUGUUCAUUCUCAUUGCCCUGUUACCUGACCUCCCACAUCUGGCUCUCGAUGUCUCGAUCCAUCAGACAUUUGAUCAGAUAGAAGCGCUCAAAGCUCUGGGGGUCUCUCAUCUGUCGCUAAAAGCCAUAGAGAUCAACGGCGCUUUCUAUACAGUAUGGCUCUCGUCACAGAUCCUCAUCCGCUCACCAGAUCUUGAGACUUUGUGUUUGUAUCAUGCGACAUCGCUGCCCGACAUACCGAGUCUCAAGGCCCUUCAUCUUCGCAGAUUUCGAAUGAGUGUCGACCAACUUAAAUCCAUGAUUUCUUCCUGUACUGGUCAACUGAGAACCUUUACAUACGAGGCUUCGGAGAUAGUCGCCUUCCACGUUGAUGAAAACUCCCCUUUCAUGAUACAAGCUUGCGAUGCUGUCAAGGUUCUUGAAAGAUAUAAUACAAGUCUUGAGUCGCUUCAUCUUGACCUCCGUAUCCGGAUUCAUAUGAGUCGAGAUACGAAGAUUGGGCCAAUGCCAAGUCUGGAAGGCUUCACAGCGUUACAGGAACUAUUUAUCAACACUGACGCAGUAUACAACACUCAAAGCCUCGAGUUACAGCUGCCUGAUGACGUGUCACUCACACGAUUUCUCCCUCCCAACAUCAUGUCACUUCAUAUUGUGGAACCUGACCUUCCCUCCUCUUCUGAACGUCUACAAAAAGGACUGGUCGGUCUUGCAGAUGUGAAGAGACUGGAUCCGAGUCGGUUUUCCAAGCUCAAGCAAGUAACAUGCGAUACCAAGAAAAUAUUUGAAGAACACUACAUUAAGAAUGCGCUGUCCGAGGUAGGGAUUGAUUUAGUUUACAAAGAGUUCCCGAGGCCGGAUUGGAGCUACGAUCGAAUUCCUUUUUCGGUUUUGCUUGAUGAGUACCGGAAAGAGUUUCAAAUAUGUGGUGAUAUGCCACUGCCAGGCGAAUUGUCUGAUGAUGAUUUGUAG